AUGGCGCUUGUCGAAAAUCCCCAGAUCAAGUCGGCGGAGCUCUUGAAGCCCCUGCCGACUCACUUCCACGCCUACAUUUGGCCAUUCACCAUCGCCUGGCCCAUCUUCUUCCGCUACUAUCUCACGCCUUCUCUGUACGAGAAGCAUAUUGGCUCGUCUGAGUGGACUUAUGUGUGGUGCGGGUCCAUCAUCACUGUCCAGGCCCUCGUUUGGCUCAGCACCAACUGGAGCGUCAACCUCCGCGCCCGCUUCACGUCAUCGAGGGUUUCGUCCAUCCAGGAUGCGCAGCUCAUCAAGGUUCUCCCCAUCGCCAACGCCGGCUCUGCCGAUAUCUGCCCGCUACUCCGAGAAAAGGUUGGCGACAAGAUCAACGUGUCGUUCCUGUUCCAGAAGCGCCGAUUCCUCUACGACGAGGACCGCAAAUCCUUUGCCACUCUCGACUACGCCAUCGAUGCCGAGCCCAAGCCCUCCAUCGGUCAUUUCAAAAGUCGCGAGCUCUUCAAGGAGCACGCCGUCGCCCCGUUCUUCGUCUUCCAGAUUUUCUGCGUCGGACUGUGGAUGCUCGAUGAAUACUGGUACUACUCUCUGUUUACGCUUUUCAUGCUGGUCGCCUUCGAAAGCACCGUCGUUUGGCAGCGCCAGCGCACUCUGAGCGAAUUCCGAAGCAUGAGCAUCAAGCCAUACGACAUGUGGGUUUUCCGACUUGGCAAGUGGGUUGAAACGCAGAGCGACAAGCUCCUUCCCGGAGAUUUGGUCUCCAUUGGCCGCACCAAGGAGGACUCUGGCUACCCCCUUCUCAAAGACUCCAUCCAGCUCCGCCCUGCCGACGCUCCCAUUGACCCUGAGGGCAUUGACAAGAACGCCUUCCUCUGGGGUGGCACCAAGGUCCUCCAGGUUACUCACGGAAACCCUGACGAGGAGCGCCCCAAGCUUGCUUCUGGUGUCCCUAUGCCCCCGGAUGGCGGCGCUAUGGCUAUCGUUAUGAAGACCGGCUUCGAGACCUCCCAGGAAGCCUUUCUCGCGGCCCUCGCCAAGCUUGCCAUCUUCUGUACCGAGCCUUUCCGUAUCCCCUUUGGUGGCCGUAUCGACGUCGCCUGCUUUGACAAGACCGGUACCCUCACUGGCGAAGACCUCGUUGUCGAGGCUCACACCCGCAUGAUGCCUGUCAAGGAUGUUGGCCUCGAGACCACUCUUGUUCUCGCCACCGCCCACGCUCUCGUCCGCCUUGACCAGGGAGAGAUUGUCGGUGACCCAAUGGAGAAGGCAACCCUCACCUCUCUCGGUUGGACACUUGGCAAGAACGACGUCCUCGUUAGCAAGGCUGUUAAGGGAGCCGCCACACCUACUUUUGUCACCGGUACCGUCCAGAUCAAGCGCCGCUUCCAGUUCUCAUCUGCCCUCAAGAGGCAGAGCGCCGUCGCCACUAUUGUGGGCGUUGACGCCAGGACUGGUGACAAGCUCCGAGGUACUUUCGCUGGUGUCAAGGGUGCGCCCGAGACCAUCAUGAAGAUGUUGACCCAUGUCCCCGCCGAUUACGAAGAAACGUUCAAGUAUUUCACCCGCAAGGGCUCUCGAGUGCUUGCUCUCGCCUACAAGAUGCUCUCCGUCGACAGCGAACUUGGUGCUGGCAGGAUCAACGAUCUCAAGCGCGAAAAGGUUGAGGCCGACCUCACGUUUGCUGGUUUCCUCGUCCUCCACUGUCCCCUCAAGGACGACGCCAAGGAGGCCGUCCAGAUGCUCAACGAGAGCAGCCAUCGUGUCGUCAUGAUUACCGGAGACAACCCUCUUACCGCCGUACACGUCGCCCGCGAGGUCGAGAUUGUCGACCGCGAUGUCCUCAUCCUUGAUGUCCCCGAAGACAAGGGUCAUGAGCUCGUUUGGCACAGCGUCGACGACAAGAUUUGCAUUCCGGUUGACCCCACCAAGCCCAUUGACCCCGAGAUUCUGAAGAACAACGACCUUUGCGUUACCGGAUAUGCCCUUGCCAAGUUUAUGGGCCAGCCUGGCUGGAGGUCCAUUCUCCGAUACACCUGGGACAUGGGUUACUACACUUUGAUGGCGGGUGACGGCACCAACGACGUCGGCGCUCUCAAGCAGGCGCAUAUCGGUAUCGCCCUUCUGAACGGUACGCAGGACGACCUCCAGCGCAUCGCCGAGCACAGCCGUAACACCCGCAUGAAGGACAUGUACCAGAAGCAGGUCGACCUGAUGAAGCGUUUCAACCAGCCCACACCCCCGAAGGCCAUGGAGCGCGAGGCCAAGAGGAAGGGUGUUACCGUCGAGGAACUUGCCAAGGCCAACGGCACCGGCAUGGAGACUAUCACCUCCCCCGCCGCCCAGCGCCUCCUCCAAAACCAGAGCCCCGCCGACAUCAAGAAGGCCGAGGCUGCCAAGAAGGCGGCCGGAUUCGCCGAUAAGCUCACCUCCAGCAUGCUGGAGAACGAGCUAAACGACGAUGAGCCCCCGACCCUGAAGCUGGGCGACGCCUCCGUUGCGGCUCCCUUCACGUCCAAACUCCGAAACGUCAUCGCCGUCCCCAACAUUAUCCGCCAGGGUCGCUGCACUCUUGUCGCCACGAUCCAGAUGUACAAGAUUCUUGCCCUCAACUGUCUCAUCAGCGCCUACUCCCUGUCUGUUUUGUAUCUCGAGGGCAUCAAGUUUGGCGAUGGCCAGUACACGAUCAGCGGUAUCCUCAUGAGCGUGUGCUUCUUGUCCAUCUCCCGCGCGCGCACCGUCGAGGGCCUCUCCAAGGAGCGACCCCAGCCCAACAUCUUCAACUUUUACAUCAUCGGCUCCAUCCUCGGCCAGUUUGCCGUGCACAUCUUCACCCUGAUCUACAUUGCCCAGCUUUGCGAUAGGCUUGAACCUCGCUCUGGUGAAGUUGACCUCGAGGCCGAGUUCGCGCCUUCGCUCCUCAACUCCGCUGUGUACCUCCUCCAGCUCAUCCAGCAGAUUUCCACGUUUGCCGUCAACUACCAGGGCCGUCCCUUCCGUGAGUCGCUCUCGGAGAACCGCGCCAUGUUCUACGGUAUUGUUGGUGUCAGCGGUCUUGCCUUUGCCUGCUCGCUCGAGCUCAUCCCCGAGAUCAACGAGCAGAUGAAGCUCGUACCCUUCAGCAACACGUUUAAGCAGACCAUGACCAUCGUCAUGGCUGGCGACUUCGCCGCCUGCUACGUGAUUGAGCGCGUCCUCAAGAAGCUCUUCUCCGACUACCGCCCCCGUGAUAUCGCCGUCCGCAGGCCCGAGCAGCUCGAGCGCGAGUUCGCCCGCAAGGACGUGGAGCAGAAGAAGAAGGACGAGGAAGAGGAGAAGAAGAGGAUGGAGCAGGUUGCUGCUUUCGAGAGGAGGUUGGAGGAGAAGAAGGCUCAGCUCCGGGCUCUCCGACAAGGCGCGUAA